UACUUAUUAAUUCAAAGGUAGCGAAGAUGAACAUAUUUUUGUUCUAUUUAAUUUUAGUGGGUUUAUUACCCAUUUUUAUUGAGACGUUGAUAUCGUCAAGAUUUGAUCCAAAUUGCACACUAUCAAACAGGCAAUUCAAACAUAAAAAUAAAAAGUUAACGUACUCUGCGGCUUGUCCAUUUCCACCAUGCCCUUCACCAACUGGCGCUAUUUUAAACAACAAUCAUGGGAAAUCGGUAUUCAAUGUUAAUAAUAAUAAUAAUGGUGGGGAUAUUUACCUACCAUCAUGUCCGUUUCCACCGUGCCCACCACCAUGUCCGUUUCCACCGUGCCCACCACCUUACCCACCACCUAACCCAUGUCCAUAUCCACCAUGCCCACCACCUUACCCACCACCUCCCCCACCACCUCCUCCAUGUCCUUUCCCACCGUGCCCUCCACCAUGUCCAUUUCCACCGUGCCCACCACCAUGUCCAUUUCCACCAUGCCCACCACCAUGUCCAUUUCCACCGUGCCCACCACCUUACCCUCCACCUAACCCAUGUCCAUAUCCACCAUGCCCACCACCUUACCCACCACCUCCCCCAUGUCCUUUUCCACCCUGCCCACCACCAUGUCCAUUUCCACCGUGCCCGCCACCAUGUCCAUUUCCACCGUGCCCACCACCUUACCCACCACCUCCCCCAUGUCCAUUUCCACCGUGCCCUCCACCUAGCCCAUGUCUAUUUCCACCGUGCCCAUCUGGCGUUAUUAUUAACAACAAUCAAGGUGGUACUGGUAAACCGGUAAACAAUAUUAAUAAUGUUGGCGGGGAAGCAGUUAACAACAUUAAUAACAUUGGAGGAGGAGGUGGAUAUAUAGAAAAUAAUAAUAAUAAUUUUUGACAGAGAUUUAUUUUCAAAAACCUUUGAAAUAGAAUUUCUACCAAAUUUCAAAUCUGCUAUUAGUCUGAAUUAGCUAUUAUUUUAAUUUGCGAUGAUAAAAAUAACGACAAUGUCGUCAUAUGGUUGUACAUACUUGUAUUUAUACGACAGAAAUUUCAUUUUAAAAGGUUUUUAAACAACAC